AACAGGCUUACAAGAAAAUCCAGUAUUCAAAUAAAUGUAUAUAUCUGGGCAAUGUCAACGACUUGGCAACUCUUUCCGCAGCUGCUGUUGCUCCUGCUGCUGAUUCUAUUUCAACUGCAGACAACGGAGGCAAUAUGGUUUCCCUGGUACUUUCAUCGCUAUGGUUUCGAGGCGCACAGCCAUGGAGCUACUACAAAAGUAUUGCCGUCAGGUAAAGCUGAGAAAACGACACCCAUAAGCAAGUCGAGUAAUGCCGGAUCCGCUACGUGUCCGCCUGGCUAUCAGCUGAAGGAAAGGACUCUGGCAACAUGUCCGCCCGGCUAUCAGCUGAAGAGCAAAAGCGCUGCGUGUCCCUCCGAAAAUCGUCUGUGCGAUGAUAAUCCCCUAGUAAUGCAGCUGGCACGCCUUUAUGUGGUAAGUCCGGAGCGUAUUGUGUUGUUGCUGGCACAGCCGAUGCUGAUGGAGGCCUGUGAGGAGAUAUCCGACGUGGUGGAUCACAUACGAACCGCCACAAGCAACUGUUUCCUUUCCGAUGACAACAUCUAUGGCAAGCUAGCCGAGGGUCUCAAGUACUACAAGGAGGAGGUCUGCGACGGCGGCGCCGACAGCAGCAGCAGCAACAAGAAGCGCUGCGCGAGCCUCAACGAGGCGCACAGCUGCUUAAAGGAGCUGCGCACGGACAUGAUCGAGUGCGAGGCGCCAGCGGAUUGGUAUGAGCAGCGUAAUGCGACCAAGGUCUGUCAGACCUUUAACGAUGUGCUCGACUGCUAUUACACUAGGGGCGCCAUGCUUUGUGGCCUGGAGGCGGCCCGGCAUUUGCGUUCCUUUGCUGGCGAUAGUAUGAAACGCUCCAUGAUCCAUGCCUGCGAUGUGAACAGGCGUUUGCCACGUGUUAUGGAUCCUAUGCCCGUGAUUACUGCGGCUUCUACAAAUUCUUUAAACGUUUUGUUAGCUUCUAGCUUUGUAAGUUUACAUAUAAUAUAUAUAUUUAUAUAA